AUGGGGAUGGAAUGGCGACCUGGCAAGGCUUUUGCUGUGUCGACCAGUCCAUGUAGUUGGACAGUAAACAUUGUGAGGAAUGAGUCUUAUUUCCACCGGAAGAUCACUUACGUACGCUUCUACGUACGCUUUUACGUACGCUUCUACGUAUGCUUUUCCGUACGCUUCUACGUACGCUUCUACGUACGCUUCUACGCACGCUUCUACGCACGCUUCUACGCACGCUUCUACGCACGCUUCUACGCACGCUUCUACGUACGCUUCUACGUACGCUUCUACGUACGCUUCUACAUACGCUUCUACGCACGCUUCUACGUACGCUUCUACGUACGCUUCUACGCACGCUUCUACGCACGCUUCUACGCACGCUUCUACGCACGCUUCUACGCACGCUUCUACGUACGCUUCUACGUACGCUUCUACGUACGCUUCAACGUAUGCUUUUCCGUACGCUUCUACGUACGCUUCUACGUACGCUUCUACGCACGCUUCUACGCACGCUUCUACGCACGCUUCUACGCACGCUUCUAUGCACGCUUCUACGUACGCUUCUACGUACGCUUCUACGUACGCUUCUACGUACGCUUCUACGCACGCUUCUACGUACGCUUCUACGCACGCUUCUACGCACGCUUCUACGUACGCUUCUACGUACGCUUCUACGUACGCUUCUACGUACGCUUCUACGUACGCUUUUACGUACGCUUCUACGUACGCUUCUACGCACGCUUCUACGUACGCUUCUACGUACGCUUCUACAUACGCUUCUACCUACGCUUCUACUUACGCUUCUACGUACGCUUUUCCGUACGCUUUUUUGAGCGUAUAACCGCAGCUUGUGUCAUGUAUCAUCAUCCGUGCCUGGUGAGGACAGCUUGGUGA